GUCCGUCGGCCCCUCUAGUCAGUGGACUGGGAACAGCUACAGACGGUCAAACGUUUUAGUUACAAGGCAGAGGCUGCCUUCGGAACUGCACCCUGGAACGUGUUACCAGUGCUGCUCAAUUUGCUGAAGUGAACAGGUAUUUCUCUCAGCGGAGUAUAGGUACCUGGUAUUGGUCUUCGCUCUCAAAAAAGAAAAUAGAGCCACUUAGGUGGAGAACUUUGUAUAAAAUUCAUCAAUAUGUUCAAUCUGAUGAAAAAAGAUAAGGAGAGGGACUCUGGAAGAAAGGAAAAGAAAGAUAAGAAGGAGAGGAUGUCUGCUGCAGAGCUUCGAAGUCUGGAGGAGAUGAGCAUGCGGCGAGGUUUUUUCAACCUGAAAAGAGAGGCAAAGCGUGACUCCAAGAACAAACUGGAGAUCUCCAACCCAAUUCCGAUCAAAGUGGCUAACAGCUCAGAGCUCACUCUGACUGACAUUGAAUCAGACUGCUUGAGCAACAGAAGCAGUAUGGUUCUGGAUGAGCAGUUGAGCACUGCUAGCUCAAAUGAUGACCUGAAGGGUGAUGGCGGGGGACAGGAUCAUCACAACUCUGUACGAGAUCGUGUAGCUCACUUUGGCUCACUGGCUAAGCAGAAUUCUUCUCAGAUGGGUCAAAUGAUGAAACGCUUUUCCUUUUCCCAAAGAAGCAGAGAAGAAAGCUCCUCUGAAGUCUCCACACCUUCAGGCCAGAACUCUGAUUCUCUACAAGGGGAGAGUAUCCUCUUCAACAUGCUGCGCAAACAUAACCUCAACCAACAGACAGCAAAACCUACCGUCAGUCAGUUUUCCAUCCCUGAAUUGGUUGACAAAACUUUCCCUGUGCAACUACAGCUGCCAGCUGUUGUUGCACCGAGUGCACCCGAGAUACGUGAGCUGGUACUUCAACGUCGUAACACAGGAGAUUUUGGAUUUUCUUUGCGUCGCACUACCAUGCUAGAUCGCAGUCCAGACGGAGGAGUCUACAGGCGGGUUGUUCACUUUGCUGAGCCUGGUGCAGGUACAAAGGAUCUGGUGCUUGGUCUGGUGCCAGGAGACAGACUGGUGGAGAUAAAUGGGCGCAAUGUAGAGAACAAGAGCCGGGAUGAGAUAGUUGAGAUGAUCCGCCAGUCGGGUGACACUGUGCGAUUGAAAGUGCAGCCAAUCCUGGAGCUGAGUGAGCUGAGUUGCUGCUGGCUGAGGAACACAGAGGAACUUCGAAGGGAGGGAUCAGUGGAAGAGGACCCUGUAGCCCUCCUUCAGGCACCUCAUGCUGGUUCUAAGCAGUCCCAGGUAAAGACAGAGGAGCAGAUAGCAGCGGAGCAAGCUUGGUAUGGUUCUGAGAAAGUUUGGCUGGUCCAUAAGGAGGGCUUCUCUCUGGCUACAGUUGAAAAGGCAGAUCCUGGCUCGCUGCUGGAGGGCAAAGUGAAAAUUAAACUAGAGGAUGAUGGGACGAUAAUUGAAGUGGAUGAGGACGAUAUUGAAAAGGCCAACCCUCCAUCAUACGAUCGGUCAGAGGAUCUAGCUUCACUGCUCUAUCUCAAUGAAUCCAGUGUGAUGCACUGCUUGAGGCAGCGCUACGGAGGAAACCUCAUCCACUCCUAUGCAGGACCCAACAUGGUGGUCAUAAACCCUUUCAGUACAGCCUCUAUGUACUCUGAAAAGGUGAUGCACAUGUUUAAAGGGUGUCGGCGUGAGGACUCGGCUCCUCAUAUCUACCUUGUGGCUCAGGUAGCCUACCGUAAUCUUCUCACCACAAGGCAGGACCAGUCAAUUGUACUCCUUGGAAGGUCUGGCAGUGGCAAAACCACCAACUGCCAGCACUUAGUCCAGUACCUGGUUUCUGUUGCUGGUAGCACCGGUAAACUCUUCUCGGUGGAGAAGUGGCAAGCAGUCUAUACCAUCCUUGAGGCUUUCGGUAACACUUUGACCGCAAUGAAUGCCAAUGCCAGUCGUUUCUCACAUGUGGUGUCGCUUGACUUUGAUCAAGCUGGACAAGUGGCAUCUGCAUCAAUUCAGACAAUGCUGCUGGAGAAAGUGAGGGUGACCAGGCGACCGGAGAAUGAGUCAACAUUCAACGUUUUCUACUAUCUGAUGGCUGGGGCUGAAAGCACCCUGAGAACUGAGCUACACUUUAACCACCUGGCUGAGAACAGCACUUUUGGCAUCAUUCCACAGUCAAAGCCCGACGAUAAACAGCGAGCAUCACAGCAGUUUACUAAGCUGCAGGCAGCUAUGAAGGUGCUAGGUAUUUCUAGUGAAGAACAGAAGGCACUCUGGCUUAUUUUGGGAGCUAUUUACCACUUGGGGGCUGCUGGAGCAACUAAAGCUGGUCGGAAACAGUUUGCCCGUCAUGAAUGGGCCCAGAAGGCAGCAUACCUUCUUGGAUGCACCUUAGAGGAGCUGUCUUCUUCCAUCUUCAAGAACCAAGGCAUAGGCAUGAAACAUUCCACCUCAUUCAGAGGAGGACCAGAUGAAACUGGCCAAGGUGACUCGGCCUCAAAGGUCACAGCCCUGGAGUGCUUGGAAGCCAUGGCAUCAGGACUCUACUCAGAGCUCUUCACUCUUGUGAUAUCCCUGAUAAACAGAGCUCUGAAAUCCAGUCAACAUUCUUUGUGCUCCCUUCUUAUUGUGGACACUCCAGGUUUCCAAAACCCUAAUCUUGUUUACCAACAGCGAGGAGCAACAUUUGAGGAGCUUUGUCAUAACUACACACAGGAAAGGCUGCAGACCUUGUUCCAUGAACGGACCUUUGUCCAAGAGAUAGAGCAAUACAAGGAGGAAAACAUAGAACUUGUAUUAGAUGACAUAGAGUCCAGUCCUUCAGUGUCUGUAGCAGCUAUCGACCAAGCGUCAACUCAAGCUCUGAUUCGGACUCUGGCCAGAAAUGAUGAAGCCCGUGGCCUUCUGUGGCUGUUGGAAGAAGAGGCAGUGAAUCCUAGUGGUUCAGAGGAGACCAUGUUGGAGAGGCUCUUCGGGUACUAUGGCUCUGCACAGGAAGAACAGAAAGGAGCCAAUCUGCUACUUCGAGGAGAGAAGCCACACUUCUUUCUGCUGGGCCACAGUCAUGGGACAGACUGGGUGGAGUACAACACCCAGGGCUGGCUUAGCCGUGCCAAGCACAACCCUGCUGCCCUGAAUGCAGCCAUCCUCCUGCAAGACUCCCAAAAGAAAAACAUCAGUGGGUUGUUUGUGGGCCGAGCGAGCGGGUCAACAGUGUUGUCAGGCUCCAUUGCUGGUCUGGAAGGAAGCUCACAAUUAGCCAUGCGACGGGCCACCAGUAUGAGGAAGACCUUCACUACGGGUGUAGCUGCUGUCAAGAAAAAGAGUUUGUGUAUCCAGGUCAAACUUCAGGUGGAUGCCCUGAUUGACAUGGUACGUCGCUCCAAAGUCCAUUUUGUCCAUUGCCUGCUGCCCAAAGCAGAGGCAGUCGGGGGAGGAAGUGAGCUACGUGUUACACAUGGAGAGACUGCAGAUUCAGGCCUCAUGACUUUGGAUGUGGGUCUUCUCAGAGCUCAGCUCCGAGGAUCCAAACUGCUGGAUGCACUGCGCAUCUACAGACAAGGAUACCCAGACCACAUGGUGUUCUCUGAGUUCCGAAGGCGUUUUGAUGUUCUGGCACCACAUUUAACCAAGAAGCUUGGGCGUCAUUACAUUGUGACCAACGAGAAGAGGGCCGUGGAGGAAUUGUUGGAGUCCUUGGAUUUAGAGAAGAGCAACUACCACAUGGGGCUAAGCAGGGUUUUUUUCAGAGCAGGGACUCUUUCAAAGCUGGAGGAGCAGCGGGUUGUUCAGACCAAAAGAAACAUCUCUCUUUUCCAGGGUGCCUGCAGAGGAUAUUUGGCCAGGCAAGCAUUCAAAAAGAGGAAGAUCCAGGAUUUGGCAAUCUGUUGUAUCCAGAAGAACAUAAAGAAGAAUCGUGGGGUUAAAGAUUGGCCGUGGUGGAAGCUUUUUACAACAGUCAGACCGUUAAUUGAGGUCCAACUAACUGAAGAGCAAAUCCGUGGCAAAGAUGAAGAGAUCCUCCAGCUAAAGCAGAAGCUGGAGAAGAUUGAGAAAGAAAGGAAUGAACUGAGACUCAACAGCGACCGUCUUGAGACCAGGAUUGCUGAGCUGUCAUCAGAGUUGACUGACGAGCGGAAUACAGGCGAAUCGACCUCCCAGCUGCUCCAGACUGAAACAUCUGAGAGACUCCGUCUUGAGAAGGGCAUGAAAGACCUCCAGGACCAGUUUGACGACAUGAAGAAAAAGAUGGAAUCUAUGGAGAUGGAAGUGAUGGAGGCUCGUCUCAUCAGGGCCUCCGAACUCAAUGGAGAGUUGGAUGAUGAUGAACCAGGAGGUGAGUGGAGGCUGAAGUACGAAAGAACAAUCAGAGAAAUUGAAUUCACCAAGAAGCGAUUGCAUCAGGAGUUUGAGGACAAACUGGAAGUAGAGCAGCAGAACAAAAAACAGCUGGAGAGGAGGAUCAGCGACUUACAGGCCGAUAAUGAAGAAUCACAACGAAAUAUCCAGCAGCUUAAGAAGAAAGCGCAGAAACUCACGGCAGAACUGCAGGAUACCAAACUUCAUCUGGAGGGCCAACAAAGCCGCAACCAUGAUCUAGAGAAGAAGCAAAGAAGGUUUGACAGUGAGCUCAGUGGAGCCCAGGACGAGGUGCAGAGGGAAAAGACCUUAAGAGAGAAACUGUCUCAAGAGAAAGACAUGCUGACUGGAGAGGCCUUCAGUCUCAGACAACAGGUUGAGGACAAGGACCUAGAAGUGUGUGCAAUCAAUCUCAAGUUGGAUCAGCUGGAGGCUGAGCUGCAGGAUCUCAACUCCCAAGAAUCAAAGGAUGAAGCAUCACUAGCUAAGGUGAGAAAGCAGCUUCGUGACAUGGAGGCAAAGGUAAAGGAUCAGGAGGAGGAGCUUGACGAGCAAGCUGGAACCAUCCAGAUGUUGGAACAGGGUAAAUUACGUCUUGAGAUGGAGAUGGAGCGGUUACGUCAAAUCCAUUCCAAAGAUAUAGAGAGCAAAGAUGAUGAGGUUGAGGAAAUCAGACAGUCAUGUAGCAAGAAGUUAAAACAAAUUGAAGUUCAGCUUGAGGAAGAGUAUGAUGAGAAACAGAAGGUGCUGAAAGAGAAAAGAGACAUUGAGUCGAAGCUUCUAUCUGCCCAGGACAAGGUGAGAAGUGGUGACAGUGAAACUGAGAGACGUCUGAGGAAAGACCUGAAGAGGACGAAGACUUUGCUGGUCGAUGCUCAGAUCAUGUUAGACCACUUAAAGAACAAUGCACCAAGCAAGCGGGAGAUCGCUCAGCUAAAGAACCAGCUGGAAGAGUCUGAAUUCACUUGUGCAGCUGCAGUUAAAUCCCGUAAAUCCAUGGAGGAGGAGAUUGAAGAUUUGCAUCUUCAAAUGGAAGACAUCUCCAAAACGAAACAGGCAUUGGAGGAACAGCUGAGUCGUCUGCAAAGAGAGAAGAAUGACUUGCAGACAAGAAUGGAGGAAGACCAAGAAGACUUAAAUGAAAUAAUGAAGAAGCACAAGGCAGCUGUGGCUCAGUCUGCCCAGAACUUGGCUCAGAUCAGUGAUCUUCAAGCACAGCUGGAGGAGGCACUCAAAGAGAAGCAGGAAGUCCAUGAGACGAUGCAAGUCCUCCAAAGUCAACUAGACUUCCAGGAGCAGUCCAUGGUGGAGAAAUCCCUGGUGAGCCGGCAGGAGGCCAAAAUCCGUGAACUGGAAGCUAAGCUGGAGUUUGAGAAGACCCAGGUCAAACGCCUGGAGAGCCUUGCAGCACGUCUCAAGGAAAAUUUUGAAAAACUGACAGAGGAGCGCGACCAAUGUAGCAGCAAUGAGAUCCGGGAGAAAGAACACAGCAAACGAUUCCAGAGACAGAUUCGCGACAUGAAAGAAGAGAUGGCGGAACUUGUGAAAAAGGAAGGAGAAGCAAGCCGGAAAAAGCAUGAGCUGGAAAUGGACAUUGAGAGCUUGGAGGCUGCAAAUCAGAGCCUACAGGCAGACCUCAAACUUGCCUUCAAAAGGAUUGGUGACCUCCAGGCUGCCAUUGAGGAUGAGAUGGAGAGUGAUGACAAUGAAGAGCUUAUCAAUAGUUUACAAGACAUGGUGACAAAGUAUCAGAAAAGAAAGAACAGAGCUCGAGGGGAUUCACACACUAACUCUGACGUGGAGGGUCGUGUGGAUGGGGUGAAAUCCUGGUGGUCCAAUAGCACCAAAGGAUCUAUUAAGAAUUUUUCAGAUGACGGCAUCUUUAAGAGCUCGAGCCCUGCCGGCAGAAGAUGGUACUGCACCAGAUCUGACGAGGAGGAGGAAAAUGAGAAAGAAGACGUCGCCCAGGGAUAGUUGUACUCUUUCUUGGUAAAGAUACAGCAAUCAACUGAAUAAUGAUGACAAAGUUUUAGAGCUGGGAUCUUAGUUUGUGCUGUGUUACCUCUCACUUUCUCAAAUAGAGCUUUAGCCAUUUACUGUCUUGCAUGCAAAGUUGACCUCAUUUGUGGUUAUUAAAAACAGAAAAACAUCAACAAAUUUAAUGCUAUGCGGUGUAUCCUUUUAAGAUUUGAUUAGUUUAAGAACUAAAUCGUCUUUGUUUGUUGUCAUGCUAAAUUCACUACGCACACAGUGGCUAUGUUAUUAGCAGACUGGAUGCUUGGCAUUGCCAUGAAACUCCUAUUUUGGAUGUAACUGAGCCAAAGAGUUAGAUUUCCAUGAUAGUGUAUAUCAUUUCUUAAUCUUUGUAGUGUAUAUUCUUUGUAUAUUGUUCAGUUGUAACAUGUUAUGCCAUAGCACGGCGAGUUCUGUUGUUGCCAACUGAUAAUGAAUCCUAGAAAGAGUCACUAUUCCUUUUUCUUCUUCAGUCUUUUGUGGUACAAGUGCCAUUCUAUACGUGGCAUGUGUGUAGCUGUGCUAUCUCAGAGGCUGCACAUAUAUGGCGGUCUUAUCUUCCCACUUUGCUGGGUAAUAAUCCAAUUUUUACAAAUGAAAGCGAUUGCAUCAUGAACUAUCAAAGGAACCCCGUGUUGAAUUCAUUCUUUAUUUGUGAGAAGCGCACUUGCAAGAUAUUUUUGUUCACAGAGUUAUAUCAAAUACUUGUCAGAGUUUCUUUUGAGUAGAAGAACUGUGUUAGCAUUAUCAUUAAUUUUAUUGUCAAUUUGAUAUUUGUUUGUUUGUUUUUUACCCAUGGGAAUUUAUUUGACACUGAAAUACUCCUGACGGUUUAUUAUCCUCACACAAUGUGAUGGUAUUAAGUAUAAAGCUGAUGUCAGCCAACACAAACUGUUUGCAUUUCCCAUGGCAAAAGGUCAAAGUCAAAAAUAAGGAAUACAACUUGAUUUUAAACUCAAUGUAACAAAGAUGGCCACCAUCUUCUCCAAUGCCCUUUCUCUGCCGCGUAGCAACAAUGCCAAGUGAACUUUCAGUCAUACAUGUACAGUACAUAUAGACAUAUACAGUGCCUUGUAAAAGUAUUUGGCCCCCUUGAACUUUUCAACCUUUUGGCAAAUUUCAAGCUUCAAACAAAAAAUUAUUAUUUUUUUUUUUGGGUCAAGAAUCGACAAGUGGGAGACAAUCGUGAAGUGGAACGAAAUUUAUUGGAUAUUUUAAACUUUUUUAACAAAUAAAAACCUGAAAUGAUGUGGGGCGUGCAAUAUUAUUCGGCCCCCUUGCAUUAAUACUUUGUAGCGCCACCUUUUGCUGCAUUUACAGCUGCAAGUCACUUAGGGUAUGUCUCUCUCAGUUUUGCACAUUGAGAGACUGCAAUUCUUGCCCAUUCUUCCUUGCAAAAAGCUCGAGCUAAGUGUAGUUGGAUGUGAACAGCAGUGCUCAGCUCUGCCCACAGAUUCUCGAUUGGAUUCAGGUCUGGACUUUCACUUGGUCAUUCUAACACCUGGAUACAUUUAUUUGUGCACCAUUCCAUGUUAGAUUUGGCUUUAUAUUUUAGAUCAUUGUUCUGUGGAAGAUAAAUCUCCAUCCAAGUCUCAGGUCUUUUGCAGACUCCAACAGGUUUUCUUCCAGAAUGGUCCUGUAUUUGGCUCCAUUCAUUUUCCCAUCAAUUUGAACUGUCUUCCCUGUCAGUGCUAAAGAAAAGCAGGCCCAAACCAUGAGGCUGCCACCACCAUGUUUGACAGUGGGGAUGGUGUGUUCAGAGUGAUGAGCUGUGUUGCUUUUAUGCCAAACAUAUCGUUUUGCAUUGUGGCCAAAAAGUUAAAUUUUGGUUUCAUCUGACCAGAGCACCUUCUUCUACAUGUUUGGUGUGUCUCCCAGUUGGUUGUGGCAAACUUUAAACGAGACUUUGUCUGGAUAUCUUUGAGAAAUGGCUUUCCUCCUGACACUCUUCCAGAAUGGCCAGAUUUGUGCAGUGUACAACUGAUUGUUGUCCUAUGGACAGGCUCACCCACCUCAGCUUUAGAUCUCUGCAGUUCAUACAGAAUGAUCAUGGGCCUCUUGGCUGCAUCUCUGAUCAGUCUGCUCCUUGUUCAAGGUGAAAGUUUAGCGGGACAGCAGGGUCUUGGUAGAUUUGCAGUGGUCUUAUUCUCCUUCCAUUUCAAUAUGAUUGCUUGCACAGUCCUCCUUGAGCUGUUUAAAGCUUGGGAAAUCUUUUUGUUUCCAAAUCCGGCUUUAAACUUCUCCACCACAGUAUCUCAGACCUGCCUGGUGUGUUCCUUGGUCUUCAUGAUGCUCUCUUCACUUUAAACAGAAUGCUGACACUAUCACAGAGCAGGUGCAUUUAUACGUAGAGUUGAUUACACACAGGUGAAUUCUAUUAUUCAUCAUCAGUCAACAUUGGAUCAUUCAGAAAUCCUCACUGAACUUCUGGAGUGAGUUUGCGGCAUUAAAAGUAAAUGGGCCGAAUGAUGUUGCACGCCCCACUUUCAGUUUUUGUUUAAAAAAAAAAAAGUAUAAUUUAUCCAAUACAUUUCGUUCCACUUCAUCAUUGUGUCCCACCUGUUGUUGAUUCUUGACAAAACAAUUUAUUAUGUUUGAAGCCUGAAAUGUGGCGAACGGUUGAAAAGUUCAAGGGGGCUGAAUACUUUCACAAGGCACUGUACAUAUACUUAAUGUUUCUUUGAGUUUUGACUUGGCAGUUCUUUGAAACAGCAUUACUUAUCCAUGGACAGCGUUUUGACAUUUGCUUCAAGGUAGAAGCAUACGAUAAAAUCUCAGAGCUGUUAAAGUGAGCCAGCAUGUACUUGUAUUACAAAAAUUACAUUUUCUGUUGACACUUGUCCCUGUUUUAUGACACAUCGGCUAAUAAUCUGGGCAAUAUUGCAAGUAGGGAGUAUGUACAGUAUGUGCUAUAGAUUGUCUGUGCCUACACUGCUUGACUUUAUGUAAGCAAAGGUAUGUACAGACAAUCUCAUUCAUGCAUGGAGACAGUCAUAAUAAAGGAAGUUGAAAGUGCUUCAUAGCCGUACUUGACAUUCAGGCCUUUCGUAUUUCUGCUCAUGACCAUGGAAGUUUCAAAAUGACCCAAACGAGAUGAAUUAGUGAGUAAAUCUGUGUCGACCUAGACAGUAAUAAUUAUCAGUCAAUGAUAAUUGGGUUCUCAUUUUUUAAAAGAAUUUUCCAUUUGGUGCCAUUAAAUUGCACAAGGUACAACUUUGGUGUUUGUUUUGUCCUUGUCAGGUAGAUGAAUAAGGGUGACAUCUAAUUACAUGAUGUAAGAUGACUAAGUGUUUCUUAGGUCAGCACUUUUUAGUUAAUUAUUCAGUAAAAAAAAAGUUUCAGAAGAACAAAAAGUAACAAAAAGUUACUAGUUAAUUGUUCAGUGGAAAAAUUUUCAGAAUAGGGAAAAUUGACAAAAGUAUUUCCAAGUAAAAUAUUUAAUUUGGGCAGUUUCAAUGGAUUGAUCAUAGAAAUAAUUAAUUUUUAGACAAUGAGAAAUAAUGUUGUGCCUUACCAAUGCUAUUGCUCCAUUUCUUUAAUAUGUAAAUGUACUUAAAAACUUUUUGUUUUUGUUUUUUUUGAGACUUGUCUGUCAUGUUUUUUCCAAGUUUCUUUCUGUCUUUCUAAACAGCAAGCAACAGAAAGUAUAAGCAUGUUGCAUUGAUGAAUUGAAUUCCUUGUUAGUCAUACAGCAGGAAUGUGUGCAGCAACAUAGUCCACACACACAUCAAAUGGCAUUUGGGGCUUAAAAAAACACAGCAUCUUGAGAAAACUGAGUUAAGAUUGUAGUAGUAAUGUUUUCACUAGCUGAUGUCCUUAUUCUCUAUGCGUUCUCUAUGGAUCUCGAUUCAUAUGUUUGGUUGCAUCAAGAACAAGCACAAGACUCUUCCUGAAUGCACACACUGUUUAUGUAUACAGUACAUGUGCACGAUGCAUGCUAGCUUUGAAAAUUGUUUAUUUUCAUUAUUGAACAAAUUGACCUUUUGUUAUAAAUUUUGCACAACAGUUUAAUAUAUUGUAAAUAAAUUAUGGUGAUUGUUUUACAAUGCCUUCACAAUAAUUUGUAAUUGUUA